UUAAUUUGCAAGAAACUGAUUCAAAUGGCUUCCAAGGCCUUUCUUCUUCUUGCUCUCUUGGCUCUCUCACUACUUAUCUCCUCGAGGGUGUUAGCUAGGGACUUGUCCGAGUCAUCCUCUAACCAUGCUGAGGUAGAGACAAAAAAUCAUGGAGAGGUGGAUGAUGCCAAAUAUGGUUAUGGAGGUUACCCAGGCCAUGGUGGCUAUGGCGGUGGUUACCCAGGCCGUGGCGGUUAUGGAGGCGCAUAUCGGGAGGAUAUUGCCGCUAUGGAUGCUGUGGUGGAAGGUAUGGAGGAGGAUGUAGAAGAUGCUGUUCUUAUGCUGGUGAAGCUGUGGAUGCACAACCAAAGACUGAAGCUCAUAACUAAGACACUUCACUUACAUGUAUUAUUGGAACUAUGUGAUGCUUUUUGUUGUACUAGUAAAGUGUAUUUUUAUUAUGUUUGUUGUGAGAGCAUUAGGUACGUGCUUUGUCUUCACUCUCUCGUCUGGGAAUAAUGGAGUUUCAUGCCUCACAUCAAAGUGUAAUGUGUGUCAUUUACGUUUAAGUAUUUCUUGUACAAUAAAGUGUCUCAGAGAUUGCUUUCAGCAAUUAAAAUGGAAGAUGCCAUAUUUGAUAGAAAUAUAUAUU